AUGCGGUCGGAUUAUGAUAAAGAAGUUCAUGCGGGGUUAAUGGUUAUAAGUGUGAUUAAAACUAAUCUCCUGUGUGAUUUGAUAGGUGCUGCUGAUUAUAAUGAUAAGAAUGUUUGGUAUGAGGUGAUGGGUGUAAUAGGAUAUCUGUCUGGUGUAAAACAUAGUUUGUUUCCUCGUGUAACGAAACGAUCAUUGCUAGCUCAUUAUCUACCAUUAGCUGGUGCGAUUGGACACACUUGUUAUAUGGCACAUAUACUUACACCACAUUUGCUGUCGAGCCUGAUAAUUAUUUGCCGAUAUUUGGGACUCCUUCGCUUGAAUAUUUGGCCUGGUAAUUAUUUGCCGAUAUUUGGGACUCCUUCGCUUGAAUAUUUGGCUUGA